UUCUCCGCUUUCGAAACAACACACACAAACAAGGCCUUCUUUUUCCUUCGUGAUCUCACAAGCCACCAUGUCUUCCUUCAAGAGCAAGUACCAAGAUGAGCUGAUUGCCAAUGCUGCAUAUAUUGGGACCCCUGGAAAGGGUAUCCUUGCUGCUGAUGAGUCAACGGGUACAAUUGGGAAGCGUCUAGCCAGCAUCAAUGUGGAGAAUGUUGAAACAAACAGACGCAUUCUUCGUGAGCUCCUAUUCACUGCUCCUGGUUGUCUUCAAUUCCUCAGUGGUGUCAUCUUGUUUGAGGAAACCCUCUACCAAAAAACUGCUGCAGGAGUACCUUUUGUGGACGUGCUAAAGAAAGGUGGUGUUCUUCCGGGCAUAAAGGUUGACAAGGGCACCAUCGAGCUGGCUGGAACAAACGGGGAAACCACAACACAGGGUUUGGAUGAUCUUGGACAGCGCUGCAAGAAGUACUACGAAGCAGGUGCACGUUUUGCCAAAUGGCGUGCAGUCUUAAAGAUUGGUGCAAACGAGCCAUCUCCACUGGCCAUUCACGAAAACGCAAACGGUUUAGCACGUUACGCUGCAAUAUGCCAAGAAAACGGCUUAGUCCCCAUUGUGGAGCCUGAAAUUCUCUCAGAUGGAUCUCAUGACAUAAACAAGUGUGCUGAUGUAACCGAGCGUGUUCUUGCGGCAUGCUACAAGGCCUUGAAUGACCAUCAUGUUCUUCUUGAGGGUACCCUUUUGAAGCCCAACAUGGUGACACCUGGUGCUGACUCAGCAAGGGUUGGCCCAGAGGUCAUUGCUGAACACACUGUUAGGGCUUUGUUGAGAACCGUUCCUCCUGCUGUUCCUGCUAUAGUGUUCUUGUCUGGUGGGCAAAGUGAGGAGGAAGCAACGGUUAAUCUUAAUGCUAUGAACAAGCUUAAUGGGAAGAAGCCUUGGUCUCUUACUUUCUCUUAUGGAAGGGCACUUCAACAGAGCACUAUCAAGGCCUGGGCUGGGAAGAAUGAGAAUAUUCCAAAGGCUCAAGCUGCGUUGCUCACUAGGUGCAAGGCUAACUCAGAAGCUACUCUUGGGACUUACAAAGGUGAUGCUAAACUUGGUGAGGGUGCCUCUGAGUCUCUCCAUGUUAAGGAUUACAAGUACUGAGAAGCUUUUAUUAACUUGUUUUGGAGUCGUUCAUUUGCACUUUGGCAUUGAGGCUAUGGUGCUCUUUUGUUAGUUUGUUUAUUUAUUUAGUCAUUGG